CGGAGUCUUAGCAUCAGGAUCCCUUAGUCUUCAGAUUGGAACAAAAGCACAUUACACAAACAAAGAGCUCUAUGUAAUCCAAAACACCAAAUCAAUAGAAAACAAAAGACUCUAACAUUCAACAUGUAUGCACUACCUCAACAACAUCAAACCUGUUUAUGUUCUGCAAAAACAAAAAAUUAACUAAAUUUUAUUUUCAGCAUCAUCAAGAACACACCGCCAACCUAAACCAUACCAACAUAGCACAUACAAUUACACCUAGUAAAAAUAUCGUUGAACUCAUCUAAACUUAACCAGCAAACCCCAAAAAUCUAUCUAUAUAAUCCUUCUUCUAACAGCCAUACAUACACCACCUUUACCAUUCUAAUUCUGAAUUGCUUUUUCAAACAUGGCCUCAGCUUCUCUCUUUCUACUUGCACUUCCUGUGUUCCUUUAUAUUUUCACAACCCUCUCAGCUGGCUCAAAUAAUUCCACUUCUUUCAAACACUCCAGAUCCACUCUUGCUUCUAACAAAAUCCUUACAUUUCCAGUAUUUCACAUUGGGAAAUUUUUUAAUAAUCACUCGCAAUCUUUAUCUUUAGAAAGAUUUCGGCUACAAAAUGACCAAAAACUGAAAGACUGGAUGCCAUUGCCUUUUGAAGUUAAUCUACCUCUUUACGUUGUGCCCCGCACUGGCGAAUACUUCGUGCAAUUGAAUGUUGGAUCCCAACACGUAAAUCUGUUGCUAGACAACGGAUCGCCGCUUGUUUGGUGGCAGUGCUCACCGUGCGAACCUUGCUUUGCACAAAGGUACAAUUCUGCCUACGACCCCUCUCUUUCUACCUCGUACAAACCAAUAAGCUGCUCUUCAGGUUGGUGUGAUAAAACCAAGUACUCUUUUGUAGAUGUCUGCAAAAAUGAUCAAUGCCAAUAUUCUAUAAGCUAUGCAGAUAAAUCUUAUACCGCGGGCACUUUAGCCCGUGACUUUAUAUCAAAUGAUAAUGGUAUGUUAAAUAAGAGCAUCGCCUUUGGAUGUGGCAACAAAAACGAAGGUUUAUUUGAGGGCUUUUAUGAUGGAAUCUUGGGAUUCCACCAUCACAAAUACUCUUUCCCAGACCAAAUAGAAGCACACAAAUAUUCUUUUUGUUUAAUUGCUGCACAGUCCAACUUCGAUGGAAUAAUUAGAGAGAGGACAAAUAAUGCCCCACUAUAUCUCUAUGACUUCCCGGACCUUAACCAGAACACUACAUUUGUUGUGACACUACCUCACUUAGGUUUACACUAUGUGGAGUUCCGGGGCAUCAAAAUUAACGGGAAAAUGGUCCCCGUCAAUACUAAAUAUUGGAAAAGAGGCCGUACGGGUAGAUACGGGGUAAUUUUGGAUACUGGUACGCGGAUUACACGCUUUCCAAAGAAUGUGUAUAAUGAGAUCCGCGAUUCAUUCAAAAGGAGUGUGACUGGCAAAAAGCACAUAAUUAAAUUAGGUAUUAUGGACACCUGUUUUUAUUCAAUGAGCAAUCCCGUAAAGUACAUCCCAAAAGUACAUUUAUGCUUCGGAGGCGAAGAGAGAGAGCUUCAACUCGCACCCGAGCAUAUUAUGGUUAAAGGAGGAGACGAUGUGUAUUGUUUAGCUUUUUCAUCCCUAGAUACUAAUGAUGAUGUAACUAUCAUAGGGAGUCACCAACUUCAAAACACAAGAUUAUCUUUUGAUAUGUUGGUGAUGUCAGUCAGUUUCACUCCUAAUGAUUGUUAAUAAAAAUAUCUAUUUCAUACAA